AACGCGUUUUCGAAAGAAGGACCUUGUGCGACCAUGGAUGUAUUCACAGUAGCCACAGCCGUUACAGCUCUAAGUGCAACUGUCGCCAUCGUAGUGUACUUGCUACUCUCUCAUCACCUGACUACACAAUCGUCGUCUUGGCCCAAGACUAAGCAAUCUCUGGCUUACAUUCAAAAGGUGGUACCGAAGAAGAAAAAAAUUCAAACACCACUUAACUCUCUUAACGACUUCAUACCAGUGGGGGAAGCGACAGCGGUCCAUGACGUGGUACAACUGUUUGUCCGUCGUGGGAACGAGUUUUCUGUGUACAGUAUAGACUGGGAACAAGAAGUGGUGGUGUUGAUCCGACCCGUGGAUGGUGCGGAUCUGAAAACACAUCCGUUCUUUCGUGAGGCUCAGAGACGGAAAGCAGUCGAGGUUCUCUGUGUCCCCUUGGAGCGACUCCAGGACGUGGCGAGCGCUGUUGCUGACGAAGUUGCGCAUGUGCAGGAAGUCUUCAUUUUCAUGACAGCGCGAUGUGGUUCGACUCUGGUAACGCGACUUGUAGAGGCCACAUCGGUGGCACAGGCUGUGUGUGAGGAUGACGUCUUCUCUGUCAUUCACAUGGCUGUCCACCGACACCGUCCUAUCAACAAGGCCGGACUCCGCCUCAUCACAGCUGUUACACGCUUCUGUCAAAUGAAGAGUCUACCAUUGGUCUUCUGA